AUGGGGCGCGGGGCUCCCGUCGGACCGUGCCUGCUGCGGGCAGCGCUGCUGCUCGCCCUCUGCCCCGCCGCCGGCAGCACCUGGAUGUGGCUGGGCAUCGCCGCCGCCGGCGGGCCCGACAAGCCGGGCUGCGCCAGCCCUCCGCUGAGCCGCCGGCAGCAGGAGCUGUGCGAGCAGAAGCCGGAGCUGAUGCCCGCGAUCCGGGAGGGAGCGCGCCUGGGCCUCCAGGAGUGCCGCAGCCAGUUCCGACACGAGCGCUGGGACUGCCGCUCGCCGCCCGCCGCCCGCCGCGGGACCGCCGCCCCCGCCGCCUUCGGGCAGCAGCUCAGCAGCGGCACGAAGGAGGUGGCGUUCGUCUCGGCGGUGACGGCGGCGGGCAUCGUGCACGCGGUGACACGGUCGUGCAGCGCGGGGAACAUGACCGAGUGCUCCUGCGAUGUCACCCUGCGGCAUGGCGGCUCGGCCACCGAGGGCUGGCAUUGGGGCGGCUGCUCCGACGACAUCCACUACGGAAUGUCCUUCAGCAGAAUGUUCCUGGACCUGCCUUUCAAGAACAUGACAGGCAAGAGCGGGAGCGGACUGGUGGCGAUGAACCUGCACAACAACGAGGCUGGGAGGCAGGCUGUAGCAAAGCUGAUGUCUGUGGAUUGCCGUUGUCAUGGUGUUUCUGGGUCCUGUGCUGUGAAAACCUGUUGGAAAACCAUGUCAUCCUUUGAAAAGAUUGGCCGGUUUUUAAAGGAUAAGUAUGAAAACAGCAUACAAAUAUCAGACAGACUGAAAAAAAAGCUGCGCAGGAAAGAGAAGAGCCAGAGGAAAAUACCAAUUGGGAAAGAGGACCUGCUGUACGUGAACAAAUCACCCAACUACUGUGUUGAAGACCAGAAGCUGGGGAUCCCUGGGACUCAGGGAAGAGAGUGUAACCGCACGUCGCAGGGGCCCGAGGGCUGUAACCUGCUGUGCUGUGGGCGCGGGUACAACACCCAUGUUGUCAGGCACGUGGAAAGGUGCGAGUGCAAGUUUGUCUGGUGCUGCUACGUGCGCUGCAGGAGGUGUGAGACCAUGACCGACGUACACACCUGCAAGUAAGAUGAAGGACAGGAAACAUGGCCAAGCCAUCCACGCUGUGUGGUGCACACAGCUGCUGCAGGGGCAGCACUCACUGUCACCAAGUGGGAUUUCAGAGGGAGCAGCCUCAGGGGGAACAGGUACUGCCGGACAAUGGGUAGUCCAAGCAUGCCUCGACUGAAAGGACAGCUGAGUAAACAUCAGGCUGCAUGCAGGGACAGCUUAAACAGCAAAAAGGACUCCUGAUGACACAUUUGAACGUGUUACUCCAUGAGCAGAGACAGAUGCUAAACUUUUCAAGUAUUUAAUAGACACAACGUCCUGAAGAUCCAUGUGGUGGGAAGGCACAGUGGAGAAAUCUCAAGAUCUCAUUAGUCAGAGACUGAAGAGUUAAGAGAGUUUGUAAGACACAUUAGAUACAGUCCUUAUGUCUGUGCUUUUAAAACUGAAAUUAGAUGGAUCCACUAGAUAGUUCAUUUCUGCAGACUUCAGAAAAACCCACAGAUAGGGAAAGGGUUCAGCUGUUGACCACGAAGCAUUUGCUUUGCAGCCGUUCAGAAAAGUGCCUUCUGCACAAUGUGCAGAAAAGCGUCGGGAAGUGAGGAACGUGUGAGACCACAGAGAGCUCAGCAGUGUCUGCCUGGAAAAGGAGAGUCAAGCUGUGUCCAGGGCAGAGAGGCAGGAGCACAGCUUGGUGAAUAUGAAUGGAGUACCAAAUAGCAACCUCAGAAUUUUUAACAGGAUAUCCUUCAAACACACAAGGGACAGGUAUGAGAAGGGGCAGAAACACAGUUUGAUAUUUGAAGGAAAUAAAAUCCUCUGCAGGCAUUUUCCGAGUAUCCGAGCAUACAUUUUGUGAAUCAGCUGGUUGUCACCCCACUCUUGAAUACUAUGCAAUAACCUGCCACAUUCAGCCAUCUCACUGCUGGCUCACCAUCAUUAUCAAAAUUGACCACAUGAAAUUUAGCCCAAAGGAAUCUGCCAUAAAACAAAGGAUUAUUUAAAACAUAUUUUCUUUAUAGAAUCAGCAGCUAGAAUUUUUAAUUAGGUUGCAUCCUCAGUAAGCUGACUGCACAAUGUUAUUUAUGGAUUGGCAUACACCACUAAAAUAUUUAAACUGUUAAUGAUAACAUUUUUCUGUCUCCAUAUGUUGGCUUAAUUUUAUUUUACAUCUGUAAAAGGUUGUUUAUUUUUAUGCAGUGAUUUAAUGCCUGGCUUUAAAAGCAUCAUGUGAAAGGAUUACUGUUGUUUAAUUAUGCAAAGUACUAUUUUUGAUAAAACAAAAGAGUUUAUAUUUUGUAAAUAUUUAAAUUAUGCAAGUUAUGUAAAAUGUUUCUAAAACUAAUGUGAUAAGACUACAGCCCUUGAGAUUUGUUGGGUAGAUAUUUGUUAAUAUUGUACUAGCCUUUAAUUGAUUUUUAUUUGCAUGUGCUGGGGGAAAUUAAUCAGAGAACUGCAUAAAUGUUAAGGUUUUUUAUCAUCAGAGUGGUUAUAACUAUUGCAGUUCAUACACACUGACGAGAAACACUUACUAUGAUUUUCUAAAUGGUCAGUUAAUUGAUAUUCUGUAUACUUUCUUUUUAUUAUUCUCUUAAAUGCAUUUUACCAACACUGAAAUCCCACUGAAAUCAAGGGAACUUGAAGGGUUUUCAAUCCCUUAACUUCUUCCAUACUAGCAGCCAGUUUUUAGAAACUUGGGACAGUUUGGCUGAGGCUUUCAAAGUUACUUUAAAGAAUUAAUUUCCUUGUUGUCAGUUAUUUUCCCAGGAAAGAUGGUGUCCAGAUUCUGAACUGUCACUCUUUAUUGGAUGUUUAGAUCAGGAAGAAGGAAGGGAAAUCUCUGAUGUGGUAUUUCACUGCCUUAUGUGGACUAUUUUAGGAACAUCAGUUCAGCAACAGUGAAGUCCAUUAUCUGCUAUUUGGACCUUUGCUCCACAUUUGGCCAGUCCAUCUCCAUUGGCCUGACCAUAUUAUUAUCUUGGGACCAAAAAAUCUGCUGUCUGUGGGAAGGGUGCUCAGCAUGGCCAGUAAGGCACUGUCACAGGAGGUUCCAACAUCUUCUCUUGAAAACUUGAAUAGGGAGGAGAUACUAUGGUGGAAGACUCUGAAGAGAGAGUUGUGACCCUGGGUUGUUUCAGCAGUGAAAAUAAACCCACAGGUUCCUCAGGCUGUGCCACAGGACCGAUUGGCAGCAUGGCUGGGAGAUGACUGAACAGUACUAAGUUCAGACAGAACAGUAUCAUACUCUGUGCUGAGACCAUACUUGAGAUAAUACAACUGUAACCACUUAAAUAACCUUGAAAUCUUAUUUGAGCUCAGUUGUUUGUUGGUUUUGUUUUGUUUUGUUUUCCUCCUGUGCACUGAUUGCAAGAUCAGCAAGAGAAAGAGAAUUAAUUACCUGCUUUGGCUGCCUUCAGGGAUCAGAAACUUCCCAGAGGAUGGAGUGAUUUCCAUGCAUUUUACAUAGUAGACAAUGUAGUUGGACUAUUACGAUGGUCUGUGCUGAUCGCUACCUCUCUCCACAUAUAUUCUAAUGCCCUGAAACAAAGUUUUCAUAUCUGCAUACUUCAAGUGAUAAUAAACAUAUGGUGUUGAUUUUAUUAACUAAUUUACAUAACAUGACACAAGGUGUAGUUAUCUACAUGGUGGGUUAGGUCCUUUUGAGGCAUCUAUGAGAACUAAGAUAUAAAAGUCAGAAUUCAAGACAUCCACCAAGUUUUUCAAUGGGAUGAUUCAGCUGCUAAGACCUGGGAACUUGUACUGAUGAAAACUAUGCUAAAACAUUCAAGGUUGAAAAGGAAAAUUAGAGAAGAUUGCUGUAGCAUUUGGUAGGAAAAAACAGUUGGAAGCUAUGUUCCACAGAAGAUAGCACUCUUCCACUGCCAUCCAUCGAGCUCAAAGAGGAGUCAUGAUUCCUCCUGAGUUUGAAGUGCCUUUUCUCAUGCUUUUGCAUGAGCCUGUAGCUAUACCAUGAUGUGAAUAACACCCUAAGAAAGGAAGAGACUUUUCUGAGGCAACAGGUGAUUACAUAUUUAUUGACUAUAGCAAUUGAAAUACAAGAGUAAGGAACUGGUUUGUGUGUUCUGGAGAGAACAUUGGGCAAAGAAUAAUGUAGAAAGAUACCUAAGUGGAGAGUCGCAUGAGCCAACCCACCUACAUGAACAGUUAAGCACAGGAAGUGAUAUCUGAGGGAUGUUUUAACCUGAGUCUAUGACGGAUGCCUUAGAGCUUUGUAACAUUGAAAGAGAUAACUACAGAUACAGCAAGGAGGAACUAAAAGUGGCUUUAAUAUUAUCAGAAAUGCAAAGAAACAUCUCAUGUAGAGCAUGUUCUCUUGCCAUUCUUCACUUUUUCACCCCCUAGGGAGGCAGGAGUGAGAUGUGGCUGAAGCUCAGGUGUUUGUGCCCUGUUGCUCAGAGGGUGAGAAGCAGGAUUCCCUUGUAUCCCUUGAAGAGCAUCUGGAGCUACUGGCACCCCAUGGUAUCACUGAACACAUCAAGAGCUGUCAUCAUGCUUUCCUGCUCAGCCUCAAAGUUCCCAUCCCUUACAGCCUUAAAGCUGAAGAGGAUUUCAUCAAUAAAAGGUCCUUUGCUUGGUACCCACCAUAGCCACGACCCAAGUCAGUUAGGGAGGCACUGCAGCCCUUCCCAUGCUCACACAGGAAAGUCAGUCUGCAUGUAUAGCAGCAGUAUUAUUUCCCCCUCUGAAAUUACCCACCUGGCCUCUUAUUUUAUUAAUACACUUAUUCUUGAAAAACACUCAGACUGCAGAAAACCCAAACAGUUCAGGAGACAUUACAUACACAUCAAGCAUUUAGCAGUCAAUUCAAUGUUUGAAGAAACUAAGUGCCACAGUAAGACAUCUGGAAAGCAAAACAUGCUGAGCAAAAUAAAGCCUUUUCCAAACUGGCAAUCAGGAAACUAAGGCUGUAAAAGGGUCUCCUUUUUCCAGAGGGGGAAAAAAAUAGUUGGAUCAUGAAAGGCACUAGGGAAGGUCCAGAGGAUAGGUCAAGGCAGAGACCCCCUUCCAUUUCUUUCUUAGGACUCCUGUUAAUCCAUAUAAAGCACCACUAGUAAAGCAGUUGAGAGCUGUGGUUUACAUUGAAGUCAUCUUCGCGUGCCUUGAAUCUCAGCUGGAUAUUCCUUGGUGAAAAUUAAGUUAAAACCUUGCUGUGUCCUUCCCCCUCUCUACUCACAGCUCUACUUUUUGAGGUAGACAUAUCUCACAACCUUUUUCUUCCCUUCCCUUGCUGCAAGAUGCUGCAAAAAUUCCCAUCACCAUGUAUAGGAAAAUAGGGAUCCUGAAGCUUUGUCACAUACAAAAGUGUUUGUACAUCUGUACCUUUGUCUUUGCAACUGAUUUCCUGUCCCCAGCUGGAGAGAGGCCAGAAUAAUCACCUUUGUGCUUGGCAACUCAAAUGAAAUGCAGAUAGAGUACCAGAAAGUCUCGCUGAUUCCAGAGUUCAUCUCAGCAGCAGGAGACUGCAACUUGCCCGCCCAAGGCAGAGAGGGCAGGACCAGAUCUUGCAGCAAGUCAAUAGAGCAUGAUAACAGAGAAAAACAAGGAGACCCCAGUUGUGUGGCCAGUCCAGUAUGACUCAAAUUUUUGGCAAGAGUCUUAUUAAAUAUGAUUAGCAUAUAGCUGUGAAGACACAGUUUAGAGAGUAAGAGGAAGAUUUCCAUCAAAAUUUUAAAUAAUUUGAUUCUUAAGAUGUAAAAAAAUAAUUCUACCGCUUUAUUGUUUUAAAAUUCAUUGUUUCAAAGGUUUGUUGCAGGUACAACUUUAAGAGGUUAAGAGAAUCAUAUUUACUCAACUUGGAUUGCUAAUAAAGGCACACAUUCUCCAUUUAAUUUUGUACAGGAAAUUUGAAAUUUUUAAUUGGAAGAAAGAUGAAAUAUUAAUUGGCCAAAAGAAUGAAGACAAGCGUAGUCCAGGGAAACUGCUAAUGCAGCCAAAUAGGGUUUCGUCCUCUUAAAACCCUGCUGAGUAACUUCAAAAUAAUUUUGGUAUUAUUUGGGAUAGCAGCAUAGCCAAUACUGGCCUAUACACCGACAGAACUGCUUUUCUGUGAAAAUUCCAGGAAUUACACAGUUAGUUUUUCACUACAGCCUUAAAUAAUGAAAUAAAAUUUCAGACUGAUUAGAAAAGGGGAUUUUACUUCAAUGAAAAAAUACAUACGAUUUUAACACAUUCUCCUACACAGGAAAAUCUGCAAGAUUUAACAAAAGCACUAUGUCAGAUGCAUUUAUAGAUGUUUUACAUUAAUAUCAAGGGAAAUCCACAUUAUUUUAAAAGCUAGUCAAACAUAGAGAACAACUCAGAAUCCAGUCUUACUCUGGUAUCAGACAUUAUCUAUUUUUCUUAUAAGGUAAUUCUCAAUAUUGCUUGAAAUUUUUAGUGCACAGAAUUUGACUCAAAAAACCAUCAACAAUAAUACUAUUUCUAAUGUAUUUCAUCUAUGUUAAACUCACUGUGGGUUCCUGAAAAAUCCUUUGUGGCUUUUGCCCCAUAGUACUAGCUUGAAGUUUUUUGAGGACCAUAGCAGAAUUUAUGACACAAAGCUCCAAAAGAUUACA